UGGCACCUGCACUGCUGCCCGCCCCGCCCUCUCCUGCCGUCGGUGCCUGAGGGCCCCGCUGCUCCCACUGGGCGCCUGAACGUAAGGGGUGGGAGGCGGGCAGAGGGCCGAGGGUCCGUCCCGGUCCGUCUCGUCCUGGGGUUACCGUUUCCCAGCAGUCCUGUCCUGGAGACCGUGCCCAGGUUAUGACGACUAAUCCCAAACCAAGCAAGGCACUGAAGGUCAAGAAGGAGGCGGGUGAGAAUGCGCCGGCGCUCAGCGACGAUGAGCUGGUGACCAUGUCAGUGCGGGAGCUGAACCAGCACCUCCGGGGCCUCACCAAGGAGGAGGUGACGCGCCUGAAGCAGCGGCGACGCACGCUCAAGAACCGCGGCUACGCGGCCAGCUGCCGCAUCAAGCGCGUGACGCAGAAGGAGGAGCUGGAGCGGCAGCGGGUGGAGCUGCAGCAGGAAGUGGAAAAGCUGGCACGCGAGAACGCCAGCAUGCGGCUGGAGCUGGACGCACUGCGCUCCAAGUACGAGGCCCUGCAGACCUUCGCCCGCACCGUGGCCCGCGGGCCCGUCACGCCCACCAAGGUGGCCACCACCAGCGUCAUCACCAUCGUCAAGUCGGCGGAGCUCGCCCCCUCCGUGCCGUUCUCGGCCGCGUCCUAGUGCCCGCCGGGCCCCCCACCGAACGCAGACUCCACACCGGU